AUGGGACAGUCCGUCUCUACAGCGCGAGAUCCACCCGACACUGGCUAUCCAGAUUACCCCAUAUCUUUCUCAGCAGAGCGCAACCCUGAUAUGAGGAAUGAAGACAUGAACAACGUACAGGCGACUGAGCAGAACGGAGGUACUGGCUCCACAUCGGGAACCGAAAUACAUCGUGAAAACGACCAAAAUAUGACAACGGACCAAUCGUAUGAGCAGUCAGAGGGCUGGCAGCAACCCACACGACCUUCGGGGGAUAACUCGAAUUCGAUGCGGAGUAUAGAAGAAGAGAAUGCCGCUGAAAAUGAGCUUCCAGAUCGGGAACUACGCUCGGCUGCUUUGGCCCGUAUGGCAAGACGACAAUCCACCAUGUCAAGAUUAGGAUCCAGAAUUCUCCCCAAUUCAGUGAUCCGCGGUCUUCUAAAUAGCACAGAGGAGACACCCGCAGAGGGCCACGCACACCGUCAUGGACAGGUUCCAAGAAUACCCGUCAGAUCUGAGACGGCUCAUAGUACCAGCCGGUUUAGCCCUUUCCAUGCACUUGGAUCCAGAGGAAUCACCCGCCGACGUACCUCUCGAACGCCUUACUUCAUUCCUCCUCGUGCGGAGCGUGCGGAUACUGAUGUUCUUUCAGAUGCCGUAACCGACUCAAUUGUUGAGUCUACGGCUCAACGGCUGCCAGAGCCCGCGCGGUCAUCUUGGCGUCGAAGUGCGCGCCUGCACCGCAUGCGCCACUCUCUUCCCGCCCCUAUCUCUCAAAUGUUCGGCCAGUCGCCGUCCGAUUUGGCCUCAGCACAUGAAAAUCAAUCUUACCAACCAGCGAGGCAGUCCUUCGACGAUAUUUUACCAAGUCCAAUGGACACUCGCCUGGACUUUGGUGAACCUCUGACCGAAUUGGAUUCCGUAGAACCAGGAGUUUCAAAUGGUGCGCCGCUAUCCUCCAAUCAGCCAAACGCUGAUUUAUUGGGGAUGCGCAGGCUUCCUGGUUUAAUAAGAGCCCGAUCUGCUCGAGCUCUACGGCGAGAGGAACAAACUCCUCUUUCUCGGGUUCUUCAACUCGCUGCAGCCGCCAUCGCAGCCCAGCUUUCUGGCACCACUGGCCCUGCUCUGCCGAACAUACAAGCCCUUGGGAACGACGGGCUGGAGGGCUCUCUUGAGAACUUCAUCCAGAGUUUACAGCACGCCACAACUGCUCAGUCCCAGCCGACAGCGCCUGGUGAAGGAUCCACUAACCUGGGGCUCGAAGGACCAUCGCCCCCAGUCAACUUCCUAAGGGUCUUCCGUUUUGCCAAUUCUGAGUCUCCGCUGGGCCCCAAUCUCGUGAAUCCGGCUAAUUCGUCCAACCCCAAUGCCGCCGGUCAAAACUUAGAUGGGUCUGAUAGCCAAGGCGCCCCAUCGAACGGGAUGUCUCUUGGUGACUCCCCGGAGGGAGGCGAAGGCCGAACAGUGACAUUGGUCGUUGUCGGUGUACGAUCGGUUCCAUCGAGCAACGGAGGUAGUGGAGGUAAUGGAGAACAGGGAGCGCAAGCCGCCGGUGGUCCAGGAUUAGAUGCUCUUCUUGGACUGCCAUUCCUCCCGUCCAAUGCUAUUCCGCGUCCCGCAGGUGUACCCGGUGAUCUAUUACAACGACCAGAUGGUACUGGUGGAAUGAAUCCCCCCGCGCCCUGCAGUGCCUACCUUCCAUGCACCAAGUGGUUCGCAUCUUUCCCCCCUUCUGCCUUAUCUGAGAGUCCACCUGGUCCCCACCCUCCUCCAUCCACACCCGCCGAGCACGGCGUAUCCGCUGUGUCCUCUGGCACCUCGACUCCUGGCCGUAGGCCUUCCUCUGCGUCGGCCAUGUCGCCUAGUGUUCUACCGCAUUUGCACGAGGAAACUCCUUUGCAACCCACAGCCGAACCCACAGAGGAGCCGAUUCCACCUAGCGCUGCUCGGCAACGCCGACGAAGCGAUUCUGAGUAUGCCCGUCAUCGUGCUCUUGGAUCAGGAUCGGUGCGCCGCAAUGGUAUGGUUGAACCUGACCAACCUUCUCCCAGUGGCGGUCGGAGCUGGUUGAUUUACGUCGUGGGGACCAAUCUGUCCGAGAACCACCCGGCUCUUACAACACCGAGCCUCUUCACUGAUAACCCCACAUAUGAGGAUAUGAUUCUGUUAUCGUCUUUGUUAGGACCGGCUAAGCCGCCCGUCGCCUCCCAGAACGAUGUCAAUUCUGCAGGCGGAUUGUUCCGUCUUGUCGAAUAUGCAGGUUCCUUGAUCGCAGAAUCCGUGGAUGGCGCCGGUUCAAUCCAGAUAUCGGAUGGAGAGCGUUGUCUCAUCUGCUUGAGUGACUAUGAAGUCGCCGAUGAAGUCCGAGAAUUGAACAAGUGCAAACAUGUCUUCCACAAAGACUGCAUUGACCAGUGGCUUACGACAGGCCGCAACUCCUGCCCACUCUGUCGUGGUCAAGGCGUCGCCGAAACCUCCCAUGGUGAUAGCGCCUCAGCACCUGAGGCUGCACCCGCUCCUGUUCCUACCCCUGCUGCUGAACCCACUAAUGUUUAG